AUGGGUUUGCUAUCGCUUGGGACACCUUUGGACUGGCACGAGCUGAGAAAACACAAUGAGCAUGUAAGAGAGAAUGGGAUAGAGCAACUAAUCAAUAUUUUCAAGCAGCAUGGCAAGAGACAGAACGACCAUUUCUACUGGGGAGAUGAGGUUGAAUACAUGUUGGUGGACAUCGAUUCGAGCAACAAGACGGCCAAGUUGGCGAUCGACAGGGACCUGAUUCUCGACGAUUUGAACGAUCCGCUGAAGCCAGAGAUCGCCAUGAAAGCUAUCAACAAUAAUGUCUCGUUUCAUCCCGAGUACGGUCGGUACAUGAUAGAAGCCACACCUCUUAAGCCCUACGAUGGGGAAUCGCUUCUGGACUAUGUCUACGUGGAGGAGAAUAUGGUGAAGCGUAGAGAGGUGUCGCAGUCGGAGCUCCCGAAGCAUAUCAUUCCGUUGACGUUGACAACGUAUCCUCGCAUGGGAUGUGGGAAUUUCACGUCUCCCACAGCCAAACCGAUAGGCCCGGCAUCUCAGUCUCUUUUCUUGCCUGACGAAAUAAUUAAUAGACACGUCAGAUUCCCCACGCUCACAGCAAACAUCAGAAAGAGACGUGGCCACAAGGUGGCCAUCAACUUGCCCAUUUAUCCUGACACCAACACCAAACUCAUAGACGAUAGCAUUCCAAAACGAGACUUAUUUCCGUCAGAUGAAGAACCUUGGCUAGGCGCUUCACAGCCGGGUCAUGUGUACAUGGACUCGAUGGGCUUUGGAAUGGGCUCCUCGUGUCUCCAGAUUACGGUACAGCCGUCAGACAUUCACGAAGCUCGGUACUUGUACGAUACCUUGGCGCCUCUUACGCCAAUUCUCAUGGCUGUGUCAGCUGCUGCCCCAAUUUUUAAGGGUUUUUUGGUGAACCAGGAUGUUCGCUGGAAUGUCAUUAGUGGGGCGGUGGACGACAGAACAUUCUUGGAGCGUGAUAUCAAACCAUAUCGGGGUCUCGAUUUUUUUGGUGGCUUGGACGUCCCUGACGAAGUGAAGGUCCAUUUUGACAAGCUUGGAGGCGGGCCUGGUGUUAAUGGCGAUCACAUCACUAAUGAGUUUGGCGAUACGACCAUCACAACAUUGGAUGGCAAGCCAGUGCAGAAGAUUCCCAAGUCUCGUUAUGAGUCUAUCGACUCGUACUUGAGUGAUGAAGGCUACCGCAGUGACCCAUACUUCAAGAAGUCGUACAAUGACAUUUACUCGCCCAUCAAUAAAAAAGUGUACGACAAGCUCAUAUCGACGAAACUUUUUGAUGCGCCUUUAGCCCACCAUUUUGCCCACCUCUUCAUCAGAGAUCCACUCGUUAUCUUUAGUGAAAGGGUCAAUCAAAACAAUAAUCUUGACAAUGAUCAUUUUGAGAAUCUCCAGUCAACAAAUUGGCAAACCUUGAGAUUCAAGCCACCUGCUUUGUACAGUGACAUAGACGAUCUUACCAAAACACCUGGUUGGCGAGUCGAGUUCAGGCCUUUGGAAAUUCAGCUCACUGACUUUGAGAACGCCGCCUACUCUGUGUUUAUUACGUUGGUGAGCAAGGCAAUCCUCAAAUUUAGUCCAGACUUCUACAUGCCUAUCUCGAAGGUAGAUUCUAACAUGAAGACCGCUCAUGGAGUGGACGCUUCCACGGACGCAAAGUUCUGGUUUAGAAACCCAUCGCAAUGGCGUUUGAACAAUGAGGAUUUCAAAGGGUAUGACCUUACAUGGUUUGACCGUUUUGUUAAUGAUGGCAACGAUCUUUUUGACGAUAACGUCGUUUACCUCAAUGGAUACGUAGAAGUGAACAAUGGCAUCGAAAACGGCAUCGUCGAGCAUGAAGACUGCCAGAAUGUGAAACUCACAGCUCAGGAGCUCAUAGAUGGUCUGGACACCUUCCCAGGUCUCAUCAAGAUGAUUGUCAAAUUAAUUGCCACAGAUCUUCUUCCUGCAAACUGGCAAAACCUGAGUCACCAUUGCAAGAGCAGGCAGUUUGCAAGAGAUCUCGAGCUUAUACGAAACUACUUAAAGCUUACCAGUGGUAGAGCAUCAGGAAAGAUCCCAACCGUUGCUCGUUUUCUUAGAAACUUUGUUCUAAAGCACCCUGACUAUAAGCAAGAUUCUAAGGUGAGCGAGCGGAUCAAUUACGACCUAGUGCAAGCUAGUGUUGCCAUCACCAAUCUCGACUUCAAGCAUCAUCAGCCACUUCUCGAAGAAUACUUUGGUGAAGAAAUUGCCAGUUACUUACAGACACGGACUAAUUAG